AUGUCUUCAUUGAUGGCUGUAGCUUCCGCAUCCUUGAUUAUCCCGGCAACCCUUUUUGCGGCCCUAUCGAAGUCCUUUAAAUCUGAUCCGGAAACGACCAAGAACCACAUCCUAUUUAUCUCACGCGGAACAGCAAUCAUCCUCCUCGUUCUCUACCUGAUGUACCUGUACUUUCAAUUGAAAUCCCAUUCUGACCUUUUCGAGGAUUCCGGAAGUGCCGAAAAUCAAGAAGAGGUGACGGAAGAGGAACAUCUGCUCAACCCUUUCGCCGCAGGUGUUGCCUUGGUCGUCGUGACCAUUCUUGUUGCAAUCUGCGCAGAAUAUCUCGUUGGAAGCAUUGAAGGCAUCGUGGAAAAAACCGGAAUGAGCAAGACCUUCAUCGGUCUGGUGCUCAUCCCUAUCGUUGGUAACGCUGCUGAACAUGUGACUGCGGUUCUAGUCGCCUACAAGAACAAGAUGGAUCUCGCCAUCGGUGUCGCGAUCGGAAGUAGUCUACAGAUUGCGCUUUUUGUCACCCCGUUCCUGGUGAUUCUGGGCUGGAUCAUGGGCGAAAAUAUGACACUGCACUUUCAGAUUUUCGAAACCGUGGCCUUCUUUAUAUCGGGCCUCGUAGUCACCCUCCUCAUUCAGGAUGGAAAGUCGAAUUACCUGGAAGGAGGCCUUUGCCUGGGAAUGUAUAUCAUUCUCGCCAUUGCCUUCUAUGUCUAUCCUGAUGAUGUCGCUCAAUAA